CGGUUAGAAGAAAAUACACUUUCUUUCUUGCAUGUUUUGUGCAAACACGAGCGAUUGAAUGAAGAACGAUGAAUGCUGAAAUGGUUUCUGCCAGCUUUAUUUUCAUUGCACUUAUUUUAUCUCUUUGUUUACCUCAUUCAUAGAAAAGGUCUUUGGUUUGUUAUCAUGCUAGUGUAAAGAAGUUCCGGGUAGAAGAAGCUGUUCUCAAAUCUGUUUUCGGGGUUCAAGACUAAACCAGUAUUCAAAUUAGAUCUUGAUCUAUUAAAAUUAGUGUAAAUAGUAAACAAAUGAAGAAUUAUCAUGUUUUCAUUUUUGAAAGAUGAACACACAAAACAACUUCGUUUAUCAUUCAGGAGAUUUUUUGAACAAGGCACUCUUACAGACAUUACCAUAAACGUUUCUGGCAAAAAAUUCAAAUGUCAUCGAGUUAUUCUUGCAAGCAUGUCAGUUUACUAUGAGACAUUGUUUUCGUCAAAUUUUAAAGAAGCAACUCAAGAUGAAUUAACAUUACCUUUAGAUACUGACUGUGACACAUUUGAAGAAGUCUUGCAAUUUAUUUAUUGCGUUACUGAUACUGUUGAUUCAUCACAUGCUGAAAAACUCUUUCAAAUCACUGAUUUUCUUCAAAUAAAUUCCUUAAAAUCAACGCUCAUAGAACAGUUAUUAUAUGACUUAGAUUCAGAAAACUGCCUGGAGUAUUUUCGUUUGGCGGAUUUAUAUAAUUGUCCAAAAUUACUAGACAAGGCAUUGGCGAAGACUGCAGAGCAUUUUGAAGAUAUCGUUAAAAAUGAUGUUUUUUUGUUGCUGCGAAGUGAUUUAGUUUGCAACCUCAUAAGUAAGACCUACUUAAGCAUAUCAUCAGAGGAAAAGAUCUUUGAAGCUGUUGUGAGUUGGUAUCAUGAAAACGAAGAGAAAAGAAAGGAAAAAUUAUCACAGAUCCUUAAUCACAUCCGAUUCCCACAGAUGGCAAUUGAAUAUUUAUCCGGUACAGUUGCAAAAGAGAAAUUUAUGAAGCCAUUACAGCGAGUGAAACUUAUUGCUGAGGCAGAAAAAUAUCACACCAAUCCACAUUUAAGGCAUACAUAUUCUUCUAUUAGAACGGUACCUCGACAUCAUCCAGAAGAAGUAAAUAUGUUUUGUAUAGUUGGUUGUCAGGCAGAUAGAAGAGAUGAUGGAAGUUAUUCCCAGACACAUCCCACUGUUCAUAUGUUUGAUUUACUAACAACUAAAUGGUACAAACUAAACUAUGCUCUUCAUGAGAAACUGUUAGAUUGCACAAACUUCGCUGUGUGUCCCUACAAUAAUGGUAUAUUCAUAAGUGGGGGUCCCAAGAACUGUAAAGGUCUUUCAUUCCUAGAUGUUCGCAAGAAAGUUUUGUCUAAACGUAGACAGAUGAACACUCCAAGAAUGUUUCAUUGUCUAGUGGCCAUCAAGUUUCGUCUCUAUGCCAUUGGUGGUAAAAACCUUAAUGACCAAAGAUUAUCAUCCGUUGAGAUGUUAGAUACUGACGAACAACGAGGACGGAGUUCAAAUUGGCAGAAUUAUGGAAGACUGCCAGUAGCUGUAUCCGAUAUGACGGCAACUUUCCAGAAUCAAAAAAUCUACAUAUUCGGUGGCUUUACAGAUUCUCCAGACCCAGUUCCUAUUCAAUGCUUUGAUACAGAAACUCUGGAUUGUUAUUUAAUUAAUUCACCUACAUUACCGGAAAGAUUUGUGAUGCCAAAAUGUGUUCUCUGUGAUAAUCGUAUUAUUGUAGUAUGUGGCGAUGGCUGUGUGUAUGAAUUUUUUGGAGACGAGUCCAGAUUUAAAAAAUUAGGACAAAUCCAAGUCUUCCUUAAGAAACAUUAUUUUGGUCUUAUCCAAUAUACAGGCUGUGUCUUUGUAUUUGGAGGGGUCGGUUCAACUCAAGAUGUUGUUAGCUUUGACCUCAGGACAGGAUUAACAAAAUAUCAUUCCCAUUUUUCGCCAAUUACAUGUACCUCGGUUUAUGGGGGAUUUUUCACAUCAACAAAACUUUCAGGAUUAACUCCAUUAUAGACAUUAUACCAUACAAUGUAUGGUUUUGUACCUGGUAUGUGUUGAAGAUGGUGUCAAAUGUAAUUAUUAUUUAUUUGUUAUGAAAUUCAAAGAAUAUGAAAUUAUGUGCAUUCGUUGUUAUAGAUUGUAAUUGAUUUGGUGAUAGAUUUAUUGUAUCAGAAUGUCCAUUCAGGACAGCUUACAAUACAAAUGUACGUAUGAAAUAUUAUGUAAUGUGAACAUGGAAAUAUAGUAUAAAUUUGAACAGUUUUCUCAAUUCAAGAAAUAUCCUGAAAUAAACUGUGGUGUAAUAUGUAGUUAUCUCCCUUUACUCAUAAAUAUUGAGGUUAAAGUGACAAAAAGGCGCAAACUAAUGUAAAAUGCACUGCUUGUUGUUAGGCAUGUUUUAUUUUAAAUAUUUAAAUUUAAUUACUGGUAUAUUUAUAGCUUUGUUAUUUGCUCUAUUAAAAUUGUGGAACAAAAGUUUAGUUUCAUGUGAUAAAGUAAUCAAUCGUACAUUGGAAUCCAAUUAUGAUAGUAUAGUUGCGGCCGUAUUAAGCUUGCAUAGGUCCCUGGCUGGAAAUGUCACUGAGGCCCUGACAUUGAACAGUGAAAAUGGGCCUUUUUUUGUUAUUGUCCGUCACACUCACACAAUUUGUUUGUCUGUAUGGUAGAUAGAUAUAUUUAUUUGGCACAAACAUAAUAAUUAAUACCAUAAGUUAUUUUAUCUGGAGAGCCCCUUUAAUACUGAGGUUCCUGGCUGCAGUCCAGUCUGCAUCCCCCUUAAUCUGGC